AUGAAGACAGCCUUCAAGGAUCCUGCUAACGGCGAUGCCGUAGUUUACUGGAUGAGGAUGCAAGAUAUGAGAGUCGAUGACAACAGAGCGCUUUCCCAAGCAUCCAAACAAGCGGUUCACGAAGGCGUUCCUUUGAUAACUCUUUUUAUCAUCAGCCCACAGGAUUAUCAAGCUCACGACCGCAGCCCACGCCGCAUUGAUUUCGUUUUACGCAACCUAUGGAUCAUCAAGGAACGCCUGGCGGAGCUACAUAUCCCGCUCUACAUUGUCACCCACGUCCCUCGGCGAACUCUCUCAGACUUCGUCAUAUUGUUGCUCAUGUCGUGGCGUGCGACGCGUUUAUAUGCCAACAUAGAACACGAAGUCGAUGAACUGAGAAGGGAUGUUCGCAUUUCCGACCUGGCGGCAGACAAGAAGAUUCGAUGCCUCUGGGUACACGACAAGCUAGUUAUCGAACCGGGCAUCCUUGCUACGAAGGGAGGAAAGACAUAUACCGUUUAUUCCCCUUUUCAGCGAUCUUGGAUCGCUCUCCUCAACUCCGACCUGUCUCGCAUCAGCGAAGUGCCAUCUCCUGCCAUGAACUCCCCCGAAAUCCACGACCAUCCGGUGUAUGCGAAACUGUUCUCGGCGACGGUACCAGACUCUGUUCCAGGAUUCUGCCUAUCUAAGGAAGAAUCACAGAAGAUGGACGAGGUUUGGCCUGCCGGCACAGCCCAUGCAAGAAAGAUACUCCAUAGGUUCCUGUACACGAGAACCAGGAGGGCCCAACUCGGCGUGGUAGACCCACUCAGUGCGGGGGAAGAGGUGGACGUGAAACUUUCGCGAGCAUCACUAUAUAAAGACCAGCGAGACAAAGGUGAUCGUGACAGUACGAGCCGACUCAGUCCCUACUUAGCCACCGGCGUGAUCUCCGCUCGAGAGUGUAUAAGAGAAACGAUGAAGUUGCUCGGGAUAAAGAAGGUAGAGGCCAGCCGUGACAAAAGCAUCGGUGUCUGGGUGCAAGAGAUAGCAUGGCGUGACUUUUAUACUCAUGUUCUCGCUGCAUUUCCGCGAGUUUCCAUGGGCAGACCAUUCAACGAGAAAUAUGCUGAUGUCCGAUGGGAGACGAACGAGGAACACUUGCAAGCUUGGAAGGAGGGGAGAACAGGCGUACCUAUCGUGGAUGCAGCAAUGAGGCAAUGUCGUACCAUGGGCUGGAUGCAUAACCGGAUGAGGAUGAUUGCUGCCAUGUACCUGACAAAAGAUCUUAUGAUUGAUUGGAGACUGGGCGAAAAGUAUUUCAUGGAGAACUUUAUCGACGGAGAUCUUGCCAGUAACAACGGAGGAUGGCAAUGGAGCGCGAGUACAGGAACCGACGCCGUUCCGUAUUUUCGUAUCUUCAACCCGUAUUCACAAAGCGAAAAGGCGGACCCAGACGGCCACUAUAUUCGGUACUUCGUACCCGAGCUCCAAACCCUUAAAGGGGCAGGCAUUCAUAAUCCUGCACCUGAGGUCGCUGACCGACUUGGCUACCCAAGGCCCCUCAUCAGGCAUGACGAAGCUAGGGAGAGGGCCUUGAGACGGUACAAGAAUCCCGGUGAAUCAUAGGAAAUCGUUGUCAUUGCCGGUCUUCAUUCUCCUAACC